CUUCACUUCUUAUUGUUCUUGUCGCAUCUGUUUCCUUCUCUCCUCCUGAAACGCAGACCCUUGCCUUGGGUGAGGUCACUCUCCAGAUGAGUGUAUUUCUUUAUUGUUUUCAAGUGUUCCACACCCUACGUUAAUUUAAUGUCCCUUUGUGAGCCAAAGAGGCUGAGAGGGGAUAGGUGUCACAGUGACGGUAAAUGAAUUAGAAGCUGUGCGCACAAGAUGAAAGGCCCAGGACACAGUAGUAUUUUGUUGGGUUUCAGAGAUGGAAUGUCAUAAUAAAAUGUCUCCUGUUUAUGUUGAAUUCCUUUUCUUGGGAACUUGGUUGUGGCAUAACAGGUCCACAUAUCAAGAAGAAGGUGAAAAACUUUCACAGUACAUUUGCCGCCUGGAGAAACUACUACCUAAGGUACUGGUAAAGAAGGGAAUGGUCAGGUGACGAUGGAGAAAGUACUGAAGGGUGCUUGUCCUGGCUAUCUAAUAAUCCUGAAGCUGUAGCUUUCAGAUUCACUUUGGAAUCCCCCCUCCUUCUCCAGACUGGUACAGGAUAUCAGGGAAGAGGAGGAUCGAUUGGAUGCUAGGGAAGCCGGUCGCAUAUCUGCAGCUUCUGCAGGGGGGUUUACUCCUGGAGGCGUGUUCAGUGGCCAACCAAGUGGAGGCACCACCAAUUUUAACUUCCUUUAGGAGCAAAGGGACUGCAGCAGAGGGGUGGAUAGAGGAUUCCCACUUAUCCAACAUCACCAUUGGGAUACUCAGGAUCUCCUUUAAUGUCAACAACACCAGACACCCAGGCACAUAGGUGAUGGAACAGAUCAGUUCUCAGAUGACUUACCAAGGUCUGAUUUUGAGUGUGGUCUUUAUCAUGCUCUGCAGGACAGAAGCGGAGAUAGUGACACAGAAAAAAGUGGUGGAGGUGGGUGGCAACGUGACCUUGAGCUGCCUCCUGAUGGGAUCAUAUGAAAUUCUGCAAGUUACAUGGCAGAAGAAAAAUACUGGAAUGAAUGAAAAUUUGGCCACAUACAGUUUAUCUAAAGGAAUAAAUAUUGUUGAAACAUAUCGAGAUCGAUUAAAUUUCACGCGCCUGUCACUAAAUGAUACGGCCAUUACCCUCUGGAGAGCUAGAAUCCAGGAUGACGGAUGUUACACAUGCCUCUUUAAUACUUUUCCCGACGGAGCCAUCCCAGAACAUACCUGCUUGACUGUCUAUGAGCAGCUGAGAGGAUCUCUCCAUUAUGUUGUCUCUGAAAGUAACUUGACAGCCACUUGUUCUGCUAAUGCCUGGCCUCGUCCUGUGAUCUCCUGGAUUGUGCCAAAAGCUGAGAGUGAACAGACUGAAGAGGUGGUCACGCACCCCAAUGGAACAGUGUCCGUCAUCAGCAAACUCUAUGUCAACAGUUCUACAAGCCUGGCUGGGCAAUUGCUGAUCUGCAGAGUACGGCACAUGGAGAGAGACAGAGAUUACAGUGUGAAAGUGAAAGAGGGGCGGUGGUUUUCAGUUCCUUGGUUGCUGGCCACAGUGGUCCUACUCAUAGUGUUCGUUGUGUUGGUUCUGACUGUGGUGUGCUGGAGAAGGUGCAGGAAAAAGCAAAGCGAAUUUAAAACAUCUUAACCCAUCUACUGGAUCAUUCCUUGGCAAACCUGAUUCAGCAUUAGGAGCAGUGACCUGGUGUGGCCUGAAAGUAAUAUCAACAAAAGGGAAGUGUGAUCUGAUCUUGACUCUGUAGCUGAAAGACAGGAAUUAAAACACUGACAUCAGAUCAGACAUAUCAGGGACAGACCUAAUGUCAUCUGUCUCAGUCCCACUGGACAGCAACUAUCCACCUGCUUCUUUCCUCCUAUCUAGCUGAUCACGUUCUUCAGCAGUGAAUGACUGAUACAUCUGGAUCAUCUGUCCAUGGAAUUCAUUCACGAGACUUGUUCUUUCCCUUCCUUACAUUCCUCUUCUUGCUGUUGAUCUUCAACAUGGCUCCAGCCACACUUCAUUUACCCUGCACUACUGGUGAAAGAGCUAUAGAAUUUCAAGACAGGCUGUUAACUAGACAGAGCAGUAGUAGCAAAGCUAAUGAAUAAAAGCUAAUCAUUUAAGGAUUAAAAAAGCCAGAAUAAGUUAUUUUCAAAGGUUGAAAAUGAGGAGCGGAAAGAAGGAGUUAAAAUUAAAUCCAAAAAUAGGACUACUGACAUUCCUCAUUGCUCCUUUUUCAUUCCAUUUUCACCCCUCAUAUCUCUUGUGUUUUCUGAAGUAGCAAAUUCCAGCUAGUGCCUCAGCUUACUCCCUGCUCAGUUGCCAGAACGUUUGGACUAGUCCUCACAAUGCCCUCCCUGGGUGUUUACGUGCUAUUGGACUAGUUCUCUCAACUUUGCAUUUGGUAACUUAUUUAUACAGAAUAAACAAAUGCUUUUGCCCAGGGCAGCAAUUAUCCUCCACCUAGAGAUAACAUCCUACUUCUCAAUGUUACAUCAGAUGGCACACUCUGACCUGCCUAAUGACUGUGCUUUCUGUGACUUCAGGAGCAUUUAUAUAAACAUUUGCAUAAAAUAGAUUUACCCAUGUGUGAUAAAUACAGGGGAGAGCUCCCUUUUAUGGACACCCAGCCAGCCAGUAGCUAUAAAAUCCCUCUUAGUAGCUGUCCUCUAAUUGCU